UCGCAUAAACAACAGUUUUAGUGAAAAUGCUGUGGCUCCAAGCCAUUUACGUACUGUUACUUAUAGCCGUCAGGCAGUCGGUGGCGAUAAUAUGUAGCCGUUAUCCGACGAAUACAAAUACAAACAAAUCGCCGGUAGAUGAGAACUUUUUAGUCACAAUUAGUGGCAAUCCGCAAACCUAUAUUUUGGGACAAACCUAUAACGUCACGAUCCAAGCCUACAGUGGUCUGCGCUUUAUUAGCUUCAAACUUGCGUUAGAGAGUGAAGAUGGCAACCCAGGUUAUACACAAGAUCUUGGACACUUUGAAUUGAUAGAUACGGUGGAGACACGCUACAGUCCCAAUUGUAUAAAUAUGGUGGAGAGUACAAAUACGAAUCCGAAGACGCGCAUCGAUGUUAUGUGGGUGGCGCCAGAUAAACCAGGCAGCGGUUGUAUACUGAUACGCACCACACUGUUGCAACAUCGUGAUGUUUGGUACAUGGACGAUGGUGGCCUAACGCGCGCCAUUUGUGAAGAAAGCACAGACGAAGUGGAAAGUGCGCCGCUGAGUGAGAAUCAAAAUAAAUGUUGCGCCUGCGAUGAGGCACGCUAUGAGCUCACUUUCAAAGGCACUUGGUCGCGCAAUCACCAUCCAAAAGAUUUCCCUACAAAAGGUUGGAUAACACGUUUCAGUGACAUUAUAGGCUCAUCGCAUACGGAGGACUAUCGCUUCUGGGAAUAUGGGCAACUGGCCAGUCAAGGUAUGAGAGAGUUUGCGGAGCAUGGUGCGGCGCAAACAUUGGAGCGCGAAUUCAGUUAUAACUUUAAGAAAGGCAAAAUACGCACCAUUAUUAAGGCGCGUGGUCCGGCUUUUCCUAACUUGAACGGACAAUCUGUGGCUUCCAUACGUGUAGAUCCGCAACAUCAUCUGCUGUCAUUAGCUUCUAAAAUAGAUCCAUCACCCGAUUGGAUUGUCGGUGUCUCUGGCUUAGAGCUCUGCAUGAGCAAUUGCACAUGGCUUGAACAGAAAACUGUAACAUUAUAUCCGUGGGAUGUUGGCACCGAUGCGGGACCUUCUUAUACGUCGCCAGAUCAGCCACAAAUUCCGGCUGCGGUUAUACAACGUAUGCGCUCCGAUUUGCCCAAUGAUCCGCGCUCGCCAUUUUUCGACGAAAAUGGCGGAAAAAUGAAACCUUUAGCGAUAUUAGAGAUUAAACGUCAACGACUUUAUGAACGUUUGUGUGAGGAUGAGGAAUCCAACAAUGUGGACGUGCCGCGUGAAUGUUUCACACACCCUUGGACUGCAUGGACCGAGUGCACAACUAAAUGUGGUGAGGGUAGGCAAUUUCGUACGCGCGUUUAUAAACAACCGGAUUUGGCCAAAAUUUUCAAGUGUGAGGUGGAGGCACGACAAGAUCGCACAUGUAUGGGUGAAGAAUGUGGCCGUGCCGAAAGACGAUUAAAUCGAAUGCGAGAACGCGACAGGUAUGGCGAAUAUGACUUUGAAAAAGUAGAGAAAGUGGAGGAGUUGGAUGAAGGCAACGAUGAAGCAAAAGGCGAAACGGAGGAGGGGGAGGAAAACGAAGGUGACACUGAAGCUGAGACGGAGAACGAGGAUGACCAGGACGAUGAGAAAAUAGCUGAAAAUGAAGUGGAGGAAGCACAAGAAAAACCAGCAAGACCAGGAUUUAGUAACAGGCAAGCAGGACGUGGACGUAAUCGUUACGGCUACAUGAGACCCAGCAAUGCAGAGGAGCAAGAAAGUGAAAAUAAUGACGAGAAUGAGGAGGCCGAAGAAGCGCAAGAAGAAGAGGACGAGGCAGAAGGCGCGCAAGAUGCAGCUGAAGAAGAUGAAGAUGUUAAUAAGGAACCGAAUACUUAUGGCAAUCGUUAUGGUUACAACAACCGUUAUAAUGUAGGAGGACGCCGUAAAGGUGCUUCUAAUGAAUUUCGUGCAGUUGCAGAAGUUGAUCCCAAUGAAGAUGAAAAUACUGGCAACCGACCGCCAAGUCGAUUUGGUAACAGCAAUCGCUAUAGUGGUCGUGGCAACAGACGAAAUCAGGAAAUAGAUGAAGAGGAUGAUGAUGAUGAUGAAGAGGAAGAGGAAGAGGAGGAGGAGCAAGUGGAAGAAGAUUAUUUUGGCAGAUCGAAAUGGCGUGGUAGCAACCGCCGUUCUAAUGCACGCGGAAAUCCGGUUGAUGACGAAGAAUCCGACAAUAAGCAGGCUAAAAUACCAUAUUAUUGUCUGCAAUCAAUCAAGGUGUAUAACUGUCCACAAAAAAUAGCCUUGAAAAAUUACUGGUUCUACAAUUAUUGCGAAGACAUGUGCAUGCUCUUCACCGCGGAUAAGUGUGAUAGGAAUAAAAAUAAAUUCACCACCUUAGAAGCGUGUGAAGCGACGUGUCGCCCGCCGGGAAGUCAAUUCUUAUUGCGUCGCAAGCAAAAACAGAGCUGUUACAAACCAAACGCGUUGAAACAAAAAUCUAGAUAUUUAGGUAUUACUUAAGACAUCAUUAUUUCAACUUGUUGUAGCUGUAAGGAUUUUUGUUUUUGAUACAUUAGCUAAUUUUCAAAUUGAGUAUUUUUCGAAUAUUUAUGUUUCGUUAAUAAUUAACGGCAGUCACAGACGUGGUUCAGCCAAAAAU